ACGUCAUAGCAACGAAGCGCUACUAACAGAGUGUAGAUUCGGUUCGACAGAAACGGCCGAACGAGAGUUCUUUCGAACAAGAAAGCCAAAAACAAUGACAGACAAGCCACCACCACCAUAUCCAGGCCAAGGGUAUCCUCAACAACCUGGCUACCCUCAACAACCCGGCUACCCUCAACAACCCGGCUACACACAACAGCCAGGGUAUGCUCCUCAAGGACAACCUUACGCCACGACCACUGUUAUACAGCAACCUGCUACUGUUGUUGUCAAUCCAAUAGGGUUCUACGAGACUCCGGUAUCGAUGAACUGCCCUACUUGCCAUGCAACGAUUGUGACUGCCACAGAUUAUGUGACUGGUACACUGACUUGGCUUGCCUGCUUCGGACUCUGCAUUAUUGGGUGUGAUCUUGGCUGUUGUUUUAUUCCAUUCUGUGUUGACUCAAUGAAAGACGUUGUACACACUUGCCCAAACUGCCGCUCACAAGUUGGUGUUUUCCGACGCAUGUAAACCAUCUUGGCAUAGUGUUGCACAGAACUGUUAUAGGGCCACCUUAAUAAGACACCAUGAUGUACUGUUUCUUUCUUUUGAAAGAGUCAAGAUGACCAUGACGCAUGUAAACCAUCUUGGCAUAGUGUUGUACAGAACUGUUAUAGGGCCACCUUAAUAAGACACCAUGAUAUAAGGUUUUUUUUUCUUUUAAAAGAGUCAAGAUGAUAACUUUGAACAUAAAAAAAAAACUUUUACCAGCUAUUUUAUAUAAUAUACUAUAUAAUAUACAAGAAAAUUUGGAUAAGUGACAUGUUGUUUUAAAGGUUGUAAUAAAAAAGAGAUUUAAUACAUCAUGGAUUUUGUGAGGUGGCCUGUAUAAUUUCUCGAUUGGAAUGAAUUGAAAGGUGAUAAUCAUAAACAUAAUAUAGUUGAUGCUAGCAUCCACCAUUUUGCAUCUUUGAUAGAAUACCAAUUUGUGAUAAUGUUCAAUCAAUCAUAUAUAGACUAAUGUCAAAUAAAUAAGAUCACUAACAUUAACGAUAAAAUAAAUCACAAAGGUUUCCAAACUAAAUACUUAACAUAAAUACAAAUAUUAUGCAGUAUAUUAUUGUGAUUGGGAUCAAUUAAGAUUAAUCAAGUGCACCUGGAAGGAAAUAAGUAAUUCUUUAGCUAGUAUGACUCUUGUGUGUAGUCCUCUCAAACUAGAGACCUCUGUUAGCAUGGUGAAAGUAACUUUUAAAAAAUAACAUUUAUUUAUUAAGUCAGUACCCUUAUUGUUUUUCCAGGGGUGUACUCAGAUAUAUGAAUGUCUGGGAGGUCCGGGGGUUUUGAGGGGCUGCAAAAGUUACCUAAAAAUUUUGGAGGUGUGGAAAAUUGUGGGUAUUUUCAUGGAUUCUACAUUUUACCCAACAAUAGAAAGAAUAUUUUUCUAUAAAAUCAGGAUGAACAUGCAUUAGGAACACAUUUCUAGCAUCCUGCUCACAAUUAUGUGCAGUUGUGGUAUUGUGAGAUUUGCACUUGAGGAGGACACUGAGAAAAACUGGUAUUUUGGGGUAAAGAACUGAGAGUAAGGUUUGUUAGGUUUUGUACUUUGUAUUUCACUUGGUAUAAAAUUUUAAGAUCUGCAGGACCUCCCAGGUGAACAGCUGAGUUCUCUCCUGUGCUGGGCUUACAUUCUUGCAUGAGGGGUGAUAGAGCCCAUUUUACAUCAAAUAGAAUGUUAAAUGUUAUUAAAAAUGCAAUAAACGCAGUUAAAUAAUUCUA